CUCACUGACGAGUUUCCAAUCUCUUUGGACGUCGUAGCGUCUGUGGGCCGCAUAACCUCGAAAACCGAACGAGAGCACCAUAAUGGCGUCCACCACGUUUCGCUUGUUCACCCGCCGGCAAUUCCAAUACUGCUCCGUUCCGAAUCACUCGUACGCCGGAGGUCUCGCUUCAUUCCUUUUAUACUCAACGAAAUCGAAACCACCAACCGCCAAAAUGAGUCUUCCGAAAGUGUUCUUCGACAUGGCUGCCGACAACGAGCCAUUGGGCCGCAUCACGAUUGAGCUCCGCAGUGAUGUAGUACCAAAAACUGCUGAAAAUUUCCGUGCUUUGUGUACUGGUGAAAAAGGUUUUGGGUAUAAAGGAAGCAUAUUCCAUCGUGUCAUUCCCAACUUCAUGUGCCAAGGUGGUGAUUUCACCAACCAUAAUGGCACUGGAGGAAAAUCUAUCUACGGAAACAAAUUUGAAGAUGAGAACUUUACACUGAAGCACACUGGUCCUGGUAUCCUGUCAAUGGCCAAUGCUGGAGCCAACACAAAUGGUAGUCAAUUUUUCGUAACCACUGUAAAGACAUCGUGGUUGGACACCAAACAUGUUGUUUUUGGUGCUAUUGUCGAUGGUAUGGAUGUUGUCAAGAAAAUCGAGUCCUAUGGUACUCAGAGUGGUAAAACUACCAAAAAGAUCCAGGUCGCUAAUUGUGGACAAUUAAGUUAAAUUUUUUGCUUUCCAUUUAAAUGUCAAACGUAUCAAUUAAAUAAUUUGAAACAAUAAUUAAUGUCAAAUAUGUGGUCUACUUAAAAAUGUUUGAUGCACUUAUGUGUGUGGUAUUCUGGAUACACAAAUUGAUAAAUACAUUCUAAAUAGUUAAUAUUA